GCGAUAUAGAGUGGAGACAGACUCAAGUUCCUUAAGAAUGAAUGAAAUGAUAGAUAACGACUGUGAAGUACAGUCGACAGAGUCGGAAAAUCAUCCUCUUUUUUUUAUACAUCAACAGCCAUUCGCCGGUUUGACCUUGGCGAGUGAGAAAAGUCUCUUGCCUUGACUCGGAACCGGUGGAGGGUCCCACUUGGUUCGAUGCUACUUCGUGUGUUAGGGAGUAGACGAGAGUUGUGUUGUGGAUUCUACGUAACAGUGUUGGACUCAUUAUACGACCAACCAAGCAAAUCUACAACUAAGUAAGGGAACUAUGGCACUUUGCACAGUAACACUUGACACUUAAGAGAACUUUAAGCAACAAGUGGUUCCUUCGUUGGCGGUGCUAAAGGUGGCAAAAUGCGAGCAUGGCUUAUGUCAAUGUUGCAGAAUGGUCCCCCAGACAUGUUGCCGAGUGGCUUCGAGGAUUAGAUGAUGUAGUUCAGCCAUAUGUCCAGUUUUUUCUAAACAACAAUAUAAAUGGUUGUCAUCUCUUAACACUUGUGUCAGAUGAUCUGACUCAUUUGAAUGUUAUUAAAAUUGGACACCAAGAAACUAUCUUAGAAGCUGUGGAAUUAUUAAGACAAUUGCACUAUAAUUUAACUUCAGAAAAUCUACAGUCUUUGGCUUUGAAACUUGGAUGUAAAGCAAGAAGUUUAUGCAAUAGUUUGAAACAUUUGAAUUCAAUAUUAGCAGAAAAAACUAAACAAGAACUUCUUUCAACAGAAACAUUAUCUGCAGUUUCUGAUAUUUUAGGUUUUGUUAAAAUUCUCAUUUCUUGGUUGGAUAGAUAUCCAUUUGAGGGACAAGAUCAGUACAAAGCUGUUCGAAAGUCAAUUCUCAGGUAUAGCAUUGAACUUGCAUCUACUGCACAAAGAGAUCAGUUUGCAGAAAAACCAACUGAAAUAAUUCAAAACAGUUGUUAUAAUAUUGCUGAACAAUGUGAUACUAUUGUACAGAAAUUUAAUGAUUCUUUAAUUAUUCAACCUGCAUCAUUAAAUGUUGCUACUGUGAAAAAAAGAGCUGAUGAAGAUUUAUGUUAUAAUAUUGCUGAACAAUGUGAUACUAUUGUACAGAAAUUUAAUGAUUCUUUAAUUAUUCAACCUGCAUCAUUAAAUGUUGCUACUGUGAAAAAAAGAGCUGAUGAAGAUUUAAGUCCAGCAUAUCGAUGUGGAAAAAUUUCAGAAGGUGAUGAAAUUAUUCAAGUGAAUUACCAAACUGUGGUUGGAUGGCAAUUGAAAAAUUUGGUAUGUGCAACAAGAGAACAUCCAAGUGAAAUACAUUUAACCAUAAAGAAACGACCUCAUCAUUCUAGUGUCCUAGAAGAAGCAUAA